AUCAAAUCAACUGUUCCACGUCUUGAAGGUCUAUCCAAUAAUCUUUCAUCCUCAGAUGGUCAGACAUUCGGCGGGUUCUUAGACGGGGCGGCGUUCGCCACUUCCCGGAAGUUGCCGCCUGGCAGCCGGUGCCGACUCACGCCACUUCAGGGGCUCAGCGCGUUGGCUGUGGCGGCCGCCGUCCAAUUGGCAGUCACGGCUCAGCAGCUGCUGCUCGCAUCGAUACCACCAACCAAGCGUGCUUACGCCGCCCUAGACGCCUCACGCGCGCUUCGGGAGGCGUUGUCAUGGAAACGAUGGAUUAGCCAGCCUUUUGGAGUGUGCCGUGCAUAGUGUCGGCCCACAGUCGGUCGGUCGGUGGCCGUGGCAGGCACGGGGGGCGCUGAGGGACUGGGCACAAGCUGUGCGAUGUGAUUGGAGUCGGGGCAGCGCCGCGCUCAAACGGAGGCAACCAUUUGUUCAGGCGCACAUUGGUGUCACACCAAGUAAUCAACAAUGGGGAAGAAGAGAGGAAGGGGAAAGAAAGGCAAGAAGGGGAAGAAGAAGGAGAAGAAGGUCAAGGACAUGACCGAGGUCACGAAGGAGCUGUUCGAGAUCACCGUCAAGGACCUGACGGAGAAGCUGGAGCACUGCCGCACCAAGUGCACCAAAUUGCAGGAAUCGAACGACGACCUGACUGGCCGCAACACGCAGCUGACGGCUGACCUGGGCGACGUCAUCAGCUUCUUGAAGCUGCAACUGGAGCAGAAGCGGGACGAGCUGGCAGAGCUCACCGAGAGGCUGGAGGGCCUGGACGCCCAGCGGACGCGCGAGCAGCAGGAGUGCCGCGAGACCUCAGAAAAGCUGCAGAGCGACAUGAAGAAAAUGCAGGCGGAGCUCACGUCCGAUGUGCAGAUGCUGACCAGCAAGUUAAACUCGCUGGAGGAAUUCCGGCGCAUGCGCGAGAGGCUGUUCGAGGAGCGGAAUGAACUGGAGCACCAGCUGGAGCAGCAGAAGGAGGAGGCGGAGGAGAUGGUGUACCAGGCCGACAAGCAGCGCAUCAUCGACAGUGACCAGCUGAAGCGUGACUCAGUGCGCAACAUCACCGCCGUGGCGCAGGCGUUCCAGCAGGCGACGCGACGCCGCAUCAACCAGACCACGCACCGCACCAUUCGCGAAAACAUCUGCCUCACCUCGCAGAUGGUACUGGUGGCCGAGAAGGCGCGCCAUCUGGACGAACGCAACGCGCGCCUCCUCGAGCGCAGUGCCGAGAACGACCGCGUGCUGGGCGCGCUCGAGUGGACGGAGCGCUCGCUGGUCAGUGCCACGCGCAAGCACGAGGCCGAGCUGGCCGCGCUCGAGGAGCGCAACAGUGCGCUGGCCGAGAUCGCGCGCGAGCGCGGCCAGCAGACGGAACGCGACAGCGACAUGGCGUGCCGCCUGCGCCGCCUGGAGACGCGGCUCGCCGAGCAGCAGCGCCUGCUGGAGGCGGCCGCCGCCGAGCAACACGAGCAGGCGCUGCUCGCCGCGCGCCUCGACGGCGAGCUGCACGAACAGACGGAGGCGCGCGAGCGCCUGGAGGCGGUCGUGGCGCACGCCGGCGUCUGCUGCGGGAGCUCGAAGACGUGGCGGAGCAGCGACGGCCCGAGCAACGCCCGGCCGAACCUUAGUCGGGAGCUGCUGGCCCAGCAGCGGCCGGCCGGGCUCUAG